AUGAGGACCCUCCUGCUGCUGGCGCUGGUCGCGGCCUUUGGCCUGCAACAAGCUGAUGGGGCUCUGUGGAAUUUUUGGGAAAUGAUUACAAAGGUGACAGGAAAGGAAGCUGCAUCCAGUUAUGGCUUCUAUGGCUGCCACUGUGGUGUGGGAGGCAAAGGAUCGCCCAAGGAUGCAACAGAUUGGUGCUGCGUUGCACAUGACUGUUGCUAUGCCCGGCUGAUGAGACGUGGGUGUCCCACCAAAUUUCUGGACUACAAAGCUUAUUACCGAGGGUCCACAGUCACCUGUGCAAAACAAAACUGGUGUAAGAGACAAGUGUGUGAAUGUGAUAAAGCAGCUGCCCUCUGCUUUGCGAGAAACAAGAGAAGCUAUAAUAAAAAGUACCAGUACUACAACAACAAGGCCUGCAAAGGGAAGACCCCCAAGUGCUGA